AUGAAAACACACAAGAUAGAUAUUCUAAGUGUAAAAGUAACUAGGAAAGUGGUGGAGGCAGCUUUCGGCAUGAAAGAACCUGAGCGAUCGCUGCGCCAAGAUAUCGAGCACUGUGUAGAUAUAUUGCAAGAUGUCAUUGAUACAGAAUCAACAAAAUCCAUAUCCAUUUUUAGUAAAAAGACAAAUGAGAAUGAACGAUGGCUAGAACAGUUGAAACCAAGUUUUCAACUGAAAAAUGACCAGGACUUGCAAAAGUUCCAAGAAUUGAAAAACGCUCAAACGAAGAAAUUAAAUGACAUCGAGCAAAAAAUUGACUAUUAUGAAAGGUUAUUUGCUGAGUUAGAAGAAAUUCAAAAUGAGCUAGAAGUUAAAGCAAAGCUUGAAAAAAAAAGAAGAUCAAGGGCUAAUCCCAGUUGA